AAGUUGGUUUCUUUUUUGUCCGUUAUCCAACUCCAACGACUCCAACCAAACGGUUACCGACGCGGCGGAAAAAAAAUAAAAAGAAGAAGAACGAAAAUACGUUAAAACAGAGCCGUUAAAACUACACAUCACAACUUCAUGGUUUCUCGGGUAUCUUGGAGUUGACCGGAAGACGCUUCUAGUUCGUAGCGAUGGAGCACAAACCGUUCUCCUGGAGCAACGAGCGGCAGAAGAUCCUCAUCGACUUCUUCAAGAGAAACGAAUUCCUCUACAAUCCCAUCCAUCCAGACUACAAAAAGCGGCGGCUUCGGGACAAGAAGAUUCUCGAACUGUGCAAUACGCUUGGUUGCUCAAUGCUGGAGUGCAAGAACAAGUUCCACAACCUCCGGACAUACUUCUUCCGCGAGUACAACAAGGUGCUGAAGCACAACAAUGGCGCGGCCUGCGACGGGGCCAGCAGUGGAGACGAGGCGUACACCUCCAAGUGGGACUUCUACGAGGACAUGAAGUUCCUCAAUGUCUGCUACCUGCCCCGCACCCUCGAGAUGGUGGCGGCGGCCGCCGCCGGGGAGAACCACUACGACGGCACCGUCCCGGUGGCUGGCGCCGAGUACGCGCUCGAUGCUGGCAGCAUCCUCGAACCGGACUGCCUCAUUGACGAGUCAGCUCAGGUGCUCGAAACGGAGCUGGACGGAUCCAGCAUUUCGGAGCAGGUGAUCCAAACCCCGCCACACAAGCGGAGAAAAUACCAGGACCAGACGACGGCGGCAACGGCACACGCAACACGCGCUCCGCCGGACGAGGAACACUACUUCGGAAUGUACGUCGCCGCGGCGCUGCGCACCUUCGAUGCGGUGGCACGCGACACGGCCAAGGUCAAGAUCCUGGACUUGAUCAUGCAUUUACGGCACAAUGUGGACCCCAACCACAAGAAGUAGGCACAGACUUGGGAGGACGGCGGACAACAUACCCUCGCGGACUUCUGGUGGACCGGUGCAAAGUAGCAGCUGCAAUAACGGUGCGUGUGUUUUCUCUGCAAUUUUUCCUUCGACUGGAGAGUUUGUUGUCGGUAGAGGUUUAUAAGGGCUACACCCGCUUCGGUCGUCCUUGUGCCGACAUUGGGCCGAAGGUUGCGAGUGCGGAGGCUGGUUCGCAUGUUUGCAUUUGGCUGCGAU